CGAGCAGACAGCCAGAGGUGUGCGAACAGAACGGAACAGCGGCAGGAAAGACGCGCACACGUGGAGCGAGAAACGGGGCAUCGCAUAGAAAAGGAGAAUAUCGCAAAAACUCCCAACGAGCGGUCGGUUAAUGUCUUCGGGGCGGGAGGGGGGACAACAAUGCUCCCCGCGGCAGCCACAUAGGUGACUGAAAAAGACGCGACUUUUUGUCGUCUUCUGCCCCCCAAAAAAAGCGACCCACGGAAAGUGGGCGCGCGGGGGGAGGAGAAGGGUCAUGGAAGCCCCCCGCGGGAUGCCGAGGACAAGGAGGGAGGGGACGCUGGCGCUGCGAUGGAAGUUGCUGAGGAACUCUUUGCUGCUUUGUUUACUCACCGGCGGCGGUGAAGCCCGGUGUGACGGCUGCGUGGAGUACUGCUGCGGCGGAUCGCCGCCUUUCUGCUGCUCCUACUACGCCUACGUGGGGGACGUCCUCUCGGGCACGGCCAUCUCCGGCAUCGUGUUCGGCGUGGUGUUUCUGAUGGGGGCGGUGGCGGCUCUCUUCCUGUGCGUGUGCAUGUGCAUGAAGAACGGCCGGGGGGCACGGGUCGGCGUGUUCAGCACCUCCUACAUCAACACCGUGACCCAGAGCUACCCAGGUCCUCCACCUCCAUACACCUACGACUACGAGAUGUACCCCGGCCCUCCGCCUUACACCCCAACUCAGCCACGGCCGGCCCACUCCUCGCCGCCUCCUCCGUACCCCGGCUGCACCCACAAGUGAAGCCCUGCAGCACGGACGAUCCACCGGCCAGUUUUAAAGAACUUGCAUUGGUUGCGAGUAGAAAGGAGGUGGCAGGAAGAGGGGGGGGGUUAAAGACAAUUUCAGGGUUGCCCAGUGCAAUAUUGUUCGGCAAGGCACAAUUCCCAUCUCCGUGCCUGCAGGGUGUGUGAAUGUCCAUUUCUGCUGCGGCCUGUGGACCAAAUGGUGGGCAGGACUGUCUUUCCAGGAUACACAAUGUGGCUUUUAGGGAGGGUUAAUGAUUUAAAACUUUCGAAACUAUUCAGGUGGGGCAAAGACUAUUUGCCAAUUGCAAUUCCUUUGAACUGUCAUUCAAAGGACUGAGUGGUUACAGUCUAUUGUUGUUCUGGGCGGAGGGGGUUACUGCCUAACUUGAAACAAUGUGAAGGUGAGAUGGGGGUCACCUCAUGUGCAUUUGAGAAGGGGGGGGGGGUUGCCUUUUGUCAGAUUAUUCUAUACUAAAGCAUACUUUAUUUUAAUUUCAGUUAUAGUAUAAAGUGAUCCGACCUCCCUGUGCUGAUGACUGAAUGAUUUAAUUGUAACAAUUAGUGUCCGGUUAAUGAUUUUUUUGCCUUUCUUUGAUGUUUUCAUCUACUGUGUUGUAAAAUAAAAGCUGAUUUAAAAUGUG